GCUGAGGCGUCGGCAGCGGUGCCCCGCAAUCUCCUGUGGCCUGUCCUCAUUGGCACACGGCAGUAGGAGUGAGCGGGAGACGUGUCAAGGAUAACUUGGUACUUGUGGUGCUGGCAUCUGCCUCUGGUUCUCACCUCGUGGAGUCCUAGUGGGCCUUGGCAAGUGCCAGGUCUUGGCUUUCACUUGCUUUUUGACUAUGGAAAACACCACGUUCUUGUGCACAACAUACCUGGAAUAGAGCACGCACCUGGCUUGUGGAAGGUAGGAUGGGGAAGCACAAUCUCUUCUUGUGAUAAGUGACUGAGCAACAGCAGGUGUGAAUGACAGAGGAGGUGCCCCCGACUGCACUUACUGACAUAAACCUGCGUCUUCUCUGCCACGAUGACAUAGACACAGUGAAACAGCUCUGCGGUGACUGGUUCCCAAUUGAGUAUCCUGACUCAUGGUAUCGGGACAUCACUUCCAACAAGAAGUUCUUUUCCCUUGCAGCCACUUACAGAGGUGCCAUUGUGGGAAUGAUAGUAGCUGAGAUAAAGAGCAGAACGAAAGUGCAUAAAGAGGAUGGAGAUAUCCUAGCUUCAAAUUUUCCUGUUGAUACUCAAGUCGCUUACAUUUUAAGUCUAGGAGUGGUGAAAGAAUUUAGAAAACAUGGAAUAGGUUCCCUCUUGCUUGAAAGCUUGAAGGAUCAUAUAUCAACAACUGCACAAGACCACUGUAAAGCUAUCUACUUACAUGUCCUCACCACCAACAACACGGCAAUAAACUUCUAUGAAAACAGAGACUUUAAACAGCACCACUAUCUGCCCUAUUAUUAUUCCAUAAGAGGGGUCCUCAAAGAUGGCUUCACUUAUGUUCUGUACAUCAAUGGCGGACAUCCUCCUUGGACAAUCUUUGACUACCUACAGCACAUUGGAUCAACACUAGCUAACUUGAGCCCAUGUUCAAUUCCUCAGAGGAUAUACCGACAAGCCCAGAGCCUUCUUUGCAGCCUUCUACCAUGGUCUGGCAUUUCUGCAAAGAGUGGCAUUGAAUACAGCCGGACAAUGUGACCUGCUCAGAAUGCAUUCAGAAAACAUGAGGAUCAUUCUUCCCUUCAUCUUCGGAACCAUCCUGCUCUGCACUGAUUCCAGUGAUGUUGGCUUCCAGUUGUCAACCCUAGCCCCUUGGAGUUGACCCCUCGCUCCUUGGAUUGACCAAGAUCUGGCAGACCUUGUACUUGAUUUGCUGUAGUCCUGAUUUCUCAUCAUCUUGACCCAAAGCCUCAAGAAGCACUGCACAGAUUGACAGUCACUCUUGUCCUGUCAGACAUCCUUGUGCUCCAAGCAGGGGCCUUUGUUAUCACAGGUCUAUGUGUGUGUUUCACUUCCGCUGCUACUCCCCGUGCCUUUGGCCACUUGAAUAGGUGCAUGUAGCUGCAUAUGCAGUGCAGUCAUCUGCUUUGCUAACCCAUAGAUACUGAAGGGAAUGUGCCAUGAGGCUAAUUGGCAGACACCAGCCAGCCACAUUAGAGUCCAUGGAACACUUAGGGGCCAAUGCCAGGGGUGGGGGUGGGGCAGCCACAUCCUCAUUCCUGAAGGUGGGUGGGGAAUGGGUGCAUUCCUUUGGAGCUGUCCUUGCUCAUCCUGUUACUGAGUCUGUGUGGGUGCUAGGAACAGCUUCUGUCCAGUCACAGGAAGAAAAUUGCUGCUGAGAUGCCCAGGGAGAGUGUGAGCAACAGCUCCCCUCACCUCACCUUGGGAUUUCAACAGCAGCAUCUGGUUCAGGCUGCACUGAAGUAGAAGGCCGGGAGUGAAAUUGCUGUUUCAUAGUGAAAUAUAAAUAUAUAAAUUACAGUAUGUAGAUCAGCCUGCCUGUAUCGGAGCUAGAACUUGACCAGGCAUGGGUUUGGGUGUGCAGACCCACUGCUGCAGCCAGAGUCCUGGGGAAACAGGUGUGAGGCCCCCUCUUCCUCCUUGCACAGCAUCUCCCCUUGAGAUGUGGGGUAACCUCAGCAGGAUGUUUAAGAACAAGAUUUGUGCAAAGAUCACUGCAACUUUUCUUUGCUACUGAAGAAAACUAGCUGCAGCUCCUUUGUAGAGUUUCAGCCCAGGGGAAGCCAGGAGGAAGUGUGUCAUUGGGCAGCUUUACUGCCUCUUGGCAGGAGUCUGGUAUCCCAAAUCCUGUUAUGGACUUUUCUCCUCCUCCCCUCUUCCCUGUUCCCCCGUCUACCCUGCUGUUGUGUGGCUAUAUCAGUGCAGUGAAAUAUAUGAUCUUUCCAGGAUACCUGUCUCCUCAUGGGCUCACAAGGCCCUGGCCUACUUACUUAUUGCAUUAGUUUUUAAAAAUAGGUCCUAAGUCCAUAAGAGAGGAGCGUGUGUUUCUUAGGAUGACAUUGGAAUAGUUCUACCUGCUCCUUACCUCUGCUAAUGGGAGUACUUGGAACUGAGCAAAGUGCACAUGUUGGUGAAUACCUAAGCCCCCUUCCACCUGCUGUACUGAGCCUAUUCUUCCCCCUCACAGGGCUUGGACUCACUUUGCUAAGCCCCACAGAAUCAUUUUGAAACUGGGACUUCAGCUGACAGAGAAGGCUCUGUACAAAAGCUGGUGUGUAGUAUUCUGCUGCUAGCAGACAGCCCUGUGCUAAAGCAUGAGCCCAGACAGUAGGGUUGGGAGCAGAAUCACGGCUCAGUAUAUUAAACCAGUCCCUAGAUAAAUGUCCCUAUGGAGACAGAAAGUGUCAGGGUUUUGCAGGCCAGGCUUGACCUCCUAAAGUAACUUCAGUUUAAUGGAAGACAAAGCCCUCCAGGUAGCAUUGAAAUGCAUUCAAACACCUAGUACAGGAUAACUCAACCUCCAAGUUUUAUCAGGACAGCUAAUCCCCAAGUGAAAUGGGAAUAGCUUCUUUCCCUGCUGCUGGCAUUGCCAGUCUCUUAAGUAGUGGGCAGCCUUGGCUGCAUGAAACCUCCUUAAACAAAUUGCCGAAAGCACCCAUUUUUAAUGCAGGUUUCACUUCAUAGCAUCAUCUCAAAUUGCGAGGAGCCAACUGCAGGAAACGCUUAAAUCAGGCUCUGCCUGAGAUGUUGGUACCCAUCUCUUUAUGGGCAGCAGAAAGAAUCUCUGCUGGAAGACAUUCCUCCUUUUCCAGCUCACAUUGGCACUUGUAACUCCUGUCCUGUUGCAGGAACAAGUCUAGUUUCAGGACAGAUGUGCUUGUUUCUGAAUUAAAGCAUGCAAAGUAAUAGCUGGGCUUUCCUUGUCUAGAACAGGGAACACCUACCGCUGGGCUGGUCUAAACAGAGGAGCAUGGUCCCUAGUGCUGCUGUGCAGUGCAGACAUGGUAAAUCUGCAAAUGGGGAUCUUUCCUGCAAUGCAGAGCUUGCAGAAUAAGAGACUGAAAUGAGUCAGGGACAAUCAGCAUGAAGGGCCUUGAGGGUAACUUAUGUCUCAUUCAGAAUAGAGAGGAAAUGAGAGCCCCCACCUGAGAUGACUGUGACCUCUCACAAGGGCUAGCACUGGAAAGCUUGGGGUCAGUCUGGCUUGCCACUGGCAAUGAGGAGGAGGGAGAUGUGGGCAGGUCCAGCCAGCUGAACAGUGCUCUGCGGCAGCCAGUUUUCACUUGCUCAAACUGUGAAUCAGCAUUCCUUCCUCUGCAGCUCUGCUUCCUUUGGGGGAAUCCGUUGCUUCCCAACUCAGGCAUGUUGACUAGGGUGCUUCCAAUUUUGGGUGUAAAGUUGUCUCCCGAGGGAGGAGUUGAAUUUGCAACAUGUGUAUGCUCCCUUGAAGGGUCAGCAAGACCUAAAGCAGAAUCUCUGGCUUGACCUUCGUAUUUUCACCAAGGUACUGUUUCCUUUCAUCUCCCUGAUCCAGAUGUAAAUGAUACUCUCUGCCGCUGAUGCCUUUGUGCUUAGUGGAGUGAACAAGGGUCAUAGGAGUCCAGAACUACUUCCCCAUCAGAGCAACCAGGGCAUUGGCAAACCCUUGGGUAUUAUUUGGGCAGUGAAGUUCAUCCUUGUUGUUGUGUUUGUGGGGGCUGAGCUGCAUAAAUCUACAUUACAUAGAGUUUGAUAGCAGGUGGACCCAUGGACAUCAUACAGAGAGGUGUUCUCUGUAUCCCAUGGCCCAGUGGAGUAUUGGGCUCUAAGUAAGGAGAAUCCCAGGCUAUGGAAAAUUGGCUGUAAUCUGGCCAGCACAUCUCUCCAGAACGCAGAGAAGCUGCAAGUCCUUCUGAACUUAAGGCAAGGGGCCUGGACUCUGUUUGCAGGAUUUGUUCAGUUAGUUUUUUAUAGUCAAGAGCAACUGCAAUGCUACCAUACUUGUGGGCUGGGAGAUUUUUUACUACUUCUGCUGGAACCCAAGUAGAAUUUCUUAAAAACUAUUAUCAGGAAGAAGAGGAAACCUGGUCAUCUUAGCAUGGAUGGGUUUUUCUUUGGGUAGCAGUUGCCUUGCAGAACUCUCCAUACUUAACCUCUCAGUUUCUCCCCCAUCACGCACUUGUCCCAGUGCUGCAUUUUAACAGGGGGCUCUAAGUGAAGUGUGGGACCAGCUCUCUCUCACACAGGAAAAACUUGGAAAGUGAAAAGGGGAGGAUCAGUGUGUUGGAACUGCAGUAACACAUGCAGGACAGAUUCUCCUAAAGUAGGCACUAGGUGCAGUAAGAUCACCAGCAUUCUUCAGGCAGGGCCUGCUAUCAAAGCACUCUGAGGUUCUGGGUCUGAUUGGACCGAGCUCCCCAUUCCUGACUUUGCAGAAAGUCUUUGCCCUUUGCUAGUCAUUGUGCAUUGCCUAGUUUCAGUCUCCUCCCUAUUCAAUUACUAGUAACCUAGAUCCCCUGGUUGGAAAAGCACUUUCCCUCUGGGCUGGUGAGAACCCUGCUGGAAGCUUUCCUAAAAUGUUGGUUCCAAUUAGGUCUCAGUCAGCAGGCUCUUCCCAGGUGGGGCAGAUGAUAUGGAAGAAUUUACCAAUUUAAAGGGGUCCAAGUUAAGCUGUGUUGAGGCUCCUAAUCAUGAAGCCAGUCCUAGGGACAGUUCUUUAACCCCACCUCCGUACCCAAGCAGACUGAGUCCAAUGCUUAGUUUUUGUUCUCCAUCAUGUAUUCUGCACUGCAGCAUAGUGACUGGUGUGGUGUUCAUUGAGGACAGUGAAUGACCCUUGAGCCAGGAUCUCCAGUUGGCUACAUCCCUCACUUCCUUGAAGGCUCGAGGAUGUGCAGCCAGUCACAGCAGCACCUGUUGUGUUGGUUCCUUCUUCUCUGACUUUCUUUAAAUGCAUUUUUACUUCAUCUUGAGGAUUUUGUAACACACUAAGGACCCUUUCUUGUGCACCAGGGUUUUCUUUGGCACUUUAUUGUCUCUCUGAAUAGCUGUACAAUAACCGAUCUCCAUUUUUACCUGUUUGCCUGGGUUGGAAGUGUUACAACCGUUUUGUAUCCUCUCUGUUGCACGUACUAACCUUAAAUGCUACUGAAGUGGAGCAAGCCCAGAGACCAGCAACUUGUCCUAGCUUCAGUACACCUAUAAACUCUGUCCUCAUUUGGAAGGCUUGUCAGCCACACACAGCAUCAGCCUGCAUCAUGUCCCCACUGUACCGUUAUUUAUUGAAGAGUAUCUUGCUGCCACUAUUGGCCUGUCUCUCUAAAUGUCUUCAAUUAAAAAUAUUCUUUUUCUUUUGUGA